ACAGCCGCUGCUUUGGCUCUUCAGGACAGUGGUGGGAGAUGCUGCUGCUCCUUCUGCUCACAAAUGCUUUUGUCCUUCUGCCCUGGGCUGGGGCUGGAAGGAUCAUUGGUGGACAAGAAGCUAAGCCCCACUCCAGACCCUACAUGGCUUUUUUAGAAAUUACAAGUGGCAUACAAUUUUAUACCUGUGGAGGGUUCCUGAUUCGCCCAGACGCAGUGCUCUCUGCAGCUCACUGUGUGGAUAAAGAAGGGAGUGUGAAAGUCACUGUGACUCUGGGAGCCCACAACAUAAGGAGGGAAGAACCAAGCCAGCAGACGAUCCCUGUUGAAGAAUGUGUCAUCCAUCCUGAAUAUUCCCGUGAAUCCUUGGAAAAUGACAUCGUGCUGCUGAAGCUGGCGAAAAAUGCCACGAUCAAUAAGAAUGUGCAAUGUAUCUCCAUUGCCAACAAAAAUGAAGGUGUGAGAGAAGGAACUAAAUGUGAUUUGUCUGGCUGGGGCUUGACAUCUAGGGAAGAGGACGAGACUGAUGUCUUGAGGGAGGUGAAACUGAAGGUGCAAAAUGAGACAAUCUGUCAGCAGCUUUCCCCUAAGUAUGAGCGGCAGUCUAUGAUCUGUGUUGGUGAUGAAAACCGUAAAAAAUCAGCUUACAAGGGUGAUUCUGGUGGCCCAUUAGUCUGCAAUGAGAAGGCUUAUGGCAUUGUUUCUCAUGGAUAUGCAUGCCGCCUCUUCCCUGAGGUAUUCACCAGGAUCUCGUACUUUGAGCUCUGGAUCCGUGAGCAGCUGAAGAGGUUUUCACUCCAAGAUAUUCCUGGCUCUCCGUCCUCUGACUAAAAUGCUCAUUGCCCCUUCUCCACGAUGUAUCCAACACCUGCUGGUGCUCAGGAGCUCCCAGGGGCAGCUGAAGUGGAGUCAGAGAAGCCUCUAUGGUGCAGCCACAGGCUUUGGCACUAAGGAGAGUCUCCGUGGCCAGCUACAAAUGCAGCUCCCAAGUACACCCAGCUUCCCAUUGCUCCCUUCCUCCCACUGCUGCUCCAGCUCUGCUUCUGGCCAUCAAUAAAAGCAUGUUCAAAGUC